AUGAUUUCCCAUGAGUCAUUUACACACCUCUAUAAUUGGAAGUUUGAUACCCACAAAAUAUUUCAUUUUCUUGGAAACUAAGUGACCCAAUUAACACCUGAAGCGAAUCACUAUAUUUUCUGCAAAAAUCAAAGAUGACGUCCACAAUUUGUAAGAAAGAAAUCUUGAUGGACAUCCUAGUAAGACUACCUGCAAAAACCCUAAUGCGGUUUUUAUGUGCAUGCAAAGCAUGGAAUGAUUUGAUUAGCAGCCCAGAUUUUGUCUCUACAAAUCUUAACACAAAUAUCACAAAACGCAGAAAUAUGCAUCUACUCUGCCUCCACCACCCGGAUUUUAAACGGGUGGUCGAUUUGGAGGAUCCAUAUGUUAAACAAGCUCUUCAAUGGUCUUUCUUUCACUAUGAAACAUUUGAGCAGGGCUUGGGGUUAAGCCAUCCCUCAGGGAGCACAGAACAUUAUGGGAUGUAUGGUUCAAGCAAUGGAUUAGUUUGCAUUUCGAAUCCGGACGAAGUUUUGAAUAGCAGGAGUCCUAUAAUCAUAUGGAACCCGUCCAUUAAGAAAUUUAAGACGCUUCCAUCGACCACAAACAAUAAAUUUCGCUAUAUGUCCCUCCAAUUUGGGUUCCAUCCCGGGGUUAAUGACUACAAGGUAGUAAGAAUGAUGCGGAUCAACAAGGAUGCCUUCGCAGUAGAAGUUUAUUCUCUUAGCACCAACUCUUGGAAGAUGAUCGAAGAAAUUCCUCCAUGGUUAAAAUGCAAUUUUAAAUAUCUUGAAGGUACGUUCAUAAAUGGAGUAGCCUACCGAAUUCUUGAGAAAGGUUUUAUGUAUAGCCUCAUGUCCUUCGAUUCGGGCAGUGAAGAAUUCGAAGAAUUCAUUCUACCAGAGUCCGUCAUCAGUUCACAUAAUUUACAUAUCUACCCUUUCGAGGAAAAGCCUUGCUUGAUUUUUCACUGGUAUAUUUCUGAUGAGGAGGGCUUUGAUAGAGGUGAGUUCUUUGUUUUUCAAGACAAACGUUGGAAACUUAUGCACCCUUUUUACUAUCCUUCGCGUUGUUAUCAUACGAUCGGGGUUAGUAUAGAUAAUGAAGUGGUAAUGGAGACAAGAGACUACUGUAAUGGUGUAGCAGAUUUGUUUUUGGUGAAUUACGAAACCAGGGAAGUUCGUGAAACAGGAAUUAAGUUGGCCAUCACGAGAAUUGGCUAUAACGAACAUUUCUUUGUAUUUACUUACGCAGAAAGUUUGGUAUUACCGAAUUAAUUAAUUGUUAAAGACAUGUAUUCUGGCACGACUGACCAGUGAGUAUAUAGAAUGUGAUGAGUGUUUUAGAUAAUUUAUGAGAUACAAAUGCAUUGUACAUGAAAUGAAGAAUAUAGUUUUUCCUUCCA